AUGGAGAAGCUUUUAUUAACAAAAUCAGAGUUGAAAUAUGUACCAAAAUCAUACAUAUUUCCAUCUGAAAUUAGACCUGGAAAUGCCAAAGUUCCACUAUGUGAGUUUAUUCCUGUGAUUGAUAUGAAACAAGAACAAACUAAACUCAUUCAACAAAUCACAAAUGCUUGCAAAGAUUAUGGAAUCUUCCAGUUGAUUAAUCAUGGGAUUGAAGAGAAGUUGUUAGAAGAUGUAUUGAAUGUGACUAAGGAGUUUUUUGAGCUUCCUUAUGAGGAAAAAUCAAGCUUAUUUUCUAAUGAUCCAAACAAGAUUUUUAGAGAGUUGGUUGGAAGUUAUUCUGGUGAGGUUGGAAAGCUGAGUUUGCGUAUUUUGGAUAUGAUUGGUGAAGGAUUAGGACUUGAACUCGGGUACUUUCGCGACAAAACUGAACUGGCCGCAGCUCAGUUGAUGAACAUGAAUCAUUAUCCACCAUGCCCAGAUCCAAGUUUAACCUUGGGAUUACCUAAACAUGGUGAUGCAAACAUGAUAACUUUCAUUCUUCAAGAAAUGGAUGGUCUUCAAGUGUUUAGAGAUGACCAAUGGUUUGCAGUUAAGCCUCUCCCUAAUGCAUUUGUUGUCAACAUUGGCUACAUUUUAGAGAUUGUGAGCAAUGGGAAGCUAAAAUGUGGUGAACACAGAGUUGUGACAAACCAAAAUGUUGGUCGAACAACUGUUGGCAGCUUCAUUUAUCCUUCUUUUGAUUGUAGAGUUGAGCCUGCAAAAGUCCUCAUCAACAACAACAACAACAAUAAUAGUGGAAGUGAACCACUCUACAGAGACUUCAUCUUCAAAGAUUUUCUAGCCUCUUUUUUAAUUGAUACUAAUACCAACAACAAAUCACCACUUGAUCGCUAUAUAUAUAAACGAGAAUAA